UUACGUCACUAAUAAUACUUCAAUACCAAACGGAAAAAGUAUUUUUUAUGUUUCUUCCUUAUUGGUAAAUUAUCAAUUUCUGCACGCAUUACACUUUUUAACAUUUUUCUAGGUGAUGACGAUGAAGAGUUAGAUCCUUUUCUCUGUUCGGGGAAAGUAAAAAACAUUAAAACAUUAAUUGAAUCAGGGAGGCUGCCAAGACAAAGAAUACUUGAUGAGAUGUGUCAGAUUUUUGGGAGGAAAUCCAAAGCGAUAAUCGUCACAUGCAAGGCAAUUUGUGAAUAUAUCAAAUCAAAACAUGUCGCUAUUGCAUAUGUUUGGGCUGCGUAUACAAUUGAAAACCCGCAAAGAAUAACUUUUGUAAUAACUGUGAAGCACAAAUCAGAAGGUAACAAAAGUAAAGAGUCUGUACGUUUAGAGAAAUUGAUCCAAUAUUCAUUUGUCAAACAAUACGCUGGCGAUUUUAGCUUAGAAGGCUCUGAGGUAAUUAAGCAACAGGCUUCACAUGCUGCGAAAUUAGAUGAAGAAUCCUAUGAAAAUCUUCAGACCUGCAUUUCAAAACACUCUGAAGAUUUGAUGAAGAAGCACAAGUAUCUGUCAAUUAUAUCUGCAUGUUCAAAUAGAUCAAAAGGGUUUGGCGCUUCAUGGGAAUUGUUGCCUGAAAAGUGUAUCGUUCUUUAUGUACAAAAAAAGAAUUAUAUUCCAAUUGAUGAAGAACCAUUUGAAACAAGUUAUGACAGCAUUCCAGUUGAUGUAAGAGAAGGUGUCUUUAUACCGUACGGACAUACUGCCGGAGAAAAGCUAAAUCCUGUUAGGAUGGGAUGUCAAAUAGGUGGAGAUAGUUCUAGCGGCACCCUUGGCUGUUUUAUAGAUCAUCCUCAAUACGGAGUUUGUGGGCUUACAUGUGCACAUGUUCUUUUACAUUCAUUGGAGCUGGAACGGUUGAAAUCAUAUGGUAUGAUGAAAUGGCCAUUGCAUGGUAUGUCCAUAAAUGUUUAUCAGCCUGCUGAUAACCAGUCUGUAUUAGGAAACAUUGUUCAACUAAUCUGCAAAACAGGCUCAAGCAAUACCUGUGGAAUGGAUGUGGCUUUGUUCAGAGUCACAGACAGACAACCGAAAACGGCAAGUUUCCCUGAUGCAACGGCGAUUUCGGGACCAGGUAUUCAGACAAUUAACUAUGAUAGUUGGCGAAUGUGUGGCCCAGAUCGGCUGAAUCUAUUAACGCAAGAUCGUGUAGUGAAAUUUGGUUCGAUAACAGAAUUAAGAGAAGGAAGGAUAAAAUUUGGUGUUAUGGGAGUCAAAGAAUUAGAAUGUUACCCACUUGUUAUAGGAUGUGCAUCUAUACAACUAUUAAAACAAAUUGAAGUUGAAAAUGUUUCACCUAACUUUCCUUUUGCUGACCCAGGCGACUCAGGAUCACUUGUCUUCGUUGUUGACAGCAAUUCGCAACAUACAUGUAUAGGGAUUGUAGAGGGGGGUACAACAUACGGGACAGUGGUCGUUACUCCUAUUGUUCCUAUACUAGAUGAACUUAACGUGCCUUGUUUAAAACGUUUUGCAAAUGAUAACAUAAAUAACUUAGGAGCACAUAUAAACACAGUUGCUAGUGACGUUCAAAGCAUGUAUAGAGAUAUUCAGGGCCUUCAAGGUAAUAUGAAUACUGUUGGUAAUGAUAUUCAGAGAAUCAACAGCAACAUGUUAAACAUGGAAAGGGCAAUUCAGCAAAUAAAAGAUUUUUUAAAUCCUCCCCGAUAAGUUGCUGCACAGCAGUAUCCAUGAUCGAAAGAAUCACAUGGCUUGAAACAAUGACCAUAAUGAUUAUUUCGUGUUCAAAUAGUGUAUCCCAUGCUUAAUGCUUUUUAAGUGGAAUCUUAGUAAUCAUUUUCGUGUUUGCUGUGAUAGGUUUUUGGCAUUGGAUUAUGUCAAAUACAAAGGUGAAAAAUCAAAGUUGGUGUAGUAACUGUAUAGCUAAGGACACGGUACUCCUCAGUUUCUUUAAUAUAUUUUGAUGAAUGUUGUUUACUCUUUUUUUUUGACAAAUUUUGAUUGUGGUUUUAUGAUAAAAAGCCAUGUUUUUUCUCCUAUGAUUGUAAAACGCUGUCAACAGUACUUGCGGCUAUUUAGAUAAAACAUUAAACUUUCUGUUGAACUUAAACUGUUAUUUAAGUGUUUAUUUAGUUUAUGCUUAGAAAUAACAUAUGUUUCAUAUUAUCAAACACAUAUUUCACUAUGAUAUUCUUUUAAAAUACUAUGUACUUUAAAACAAUGAUUUUAUGUCCCUUUCGAAGAAGACAAUGCAUAUUUUUGCUAAUUUCGGUCUGUCUGUUUAUCUGUCUGUCGAUCGGUUUGUCAGUCGAUCGGUCUGUCUGUCUGUCCAUCGGUAUAUUUCAUAUACUUAUUUUGCGAUAAAAAAGAAGACGAAUAUCAUUUUGUUUUAGACUGUGUUUUAUAUAACAGUCUGAGACAGCAAUUUGUACCAACAUAUUAUUAUAGACGUCCAAAUAUGCAACAUUUUGUUUAUUUAAAUACUGCAUAAUGCAUUAAGUGUGUCAUAAGAACAUUUAGUACAUAUGUAGAACACUCGAACUUUAAAAUAAGGCAAUUAUACUUUAACUUGACUUUCAAUAUUUAGGGACUCAAAAUGUACGUGAAUUUUGUUUCGCAUGACUCUUAUAUGCUAUAUUUGUUUAUCAUGUAGUUUUGUAAAAUGUUAUUCAUUAUAUUCAAUUAUAGUAAAUCCACAUGUCAACUUGUAAAUUUCGUUUUUUGAGCAAGCUGUGACUUAAUUCAUAUUCAUUUCAUGUCCGAGUGAUAUUUUCAACCUAUUUAUAGACUUAUACUAUGCUUACAUGUAAAAGUGCAUGUUGCGUUUAUCAUUUAUACAGUUUAUAACUAUAUUAAAUGUAAUUCAUUUGUCACAAACUUGUCAGAGCAAGUUGUGACUGGAUAUAGAUUCAAUUUUCUAAGUACUAUUUCUGUAAUAUGUUGUAUAUGAACAUAUAAGAUUUUGAUUGUUUGAAUGUAUUCUGCUUACUAUGUUACAAAACUAAUGGAGGCUUUAUCCUUCGCAUUUCAUUUUGAUAUAAUAUUGGGUUGCAUAUAGCAGUAGCUAAACGUUUACCGAUUUUUCAUGUGACUUUUCUCUUGAUUUAAUUUCCCGCUCAUGGCUUUCUCUUUUUCGUACAAAUUCAUUCCUUGGCGGUAGUGGUCUUAUAAAAUAAUUUAGGUAUUUCUGAAAUUUAUAAUAAGUAAAGCUGUGAUUGAUUCAGUCAACAGCGGUAAAGGUAGAUAUAAAAAGCUUUGCUGCUAUGGUAGUUAGAGUGAUGACGUCACAAUAAAGUUGAAAAUAACUUAAAUAUAUAAGAUAAAGUAGCACGAAUAAAAUUAAACGCCCGCUAUGGUUUAGUGGUAGGAAUAUAGACGCGGCAAUCCAAAGAUCUCGAACAAUUGAAUCUUGACACAAAUUAUCCUAGUAUAUAAUUAUUCCGUGAUUUGUUAUAUCGCGUAUGCUACCUAACACUUUCAACAUAAUUAAUGAUGGUAAAAUUACUGGUCUACUCUUUAUGGACCAAUCCAUUUUGUGUGUUAUUUUUUGUCUGUGUGUGUGAAAUAUGACCGAGUUUAAUGUUAUUUGUUGUGCUUGCUGUUAUCAUGUAAUUAUUUUCUGUUUUCUUUUUGUAACUGAUAUAAACUAAGUAUAUGUGUCCAUUGCAGCUUAAAACAUUUACAAUGUAUAUACAAAAUAGUGAUCUUGAUAUACUGUGUACAAACACACUGCCAUAUAGACAGAUUUAUUAUUAAUUGAAUGAAAUUAAUUGAAACGUUGCAUAAUUUUAAAUAUGAAACUUGGUGUUACCAACUGUAUUUUAAGUUACCUAUCCUAAAAUUUGAUCUUUGGUAUGUUAUUUCAGUCAAUUUUAGGAGAGAAUACUUGUUCAAUAGUCUAACAAACUUACAAACUAGCAAAAUGCAUUAUUAUUUUAUGUUGUCGUUUUUAUCCUUCUUACAGGACAAAAUUUCAUUUAUUUCAUUUAUCAUUUUGUUUUCUUUUUUAUCAUUUUGAGUAAAAUAUGAUAAACAAGAUCAACAAAGAAAGGCGGCAUUCAAUGAACGCAACCCCAAUAUGACCCAGCAACAAGAACCAAUGGCAAGGAGCCCAGGCGGACCCCAAACAAAAACAGGACAGGGCAAAGACAGAGCACGGACAGGUUAAUCAUUAAAUGAUAAAUAAUUUGUAACUGAUUAGGUUAGGAAUUCAAAUAAAGGAAUA